AUGCCGGAGUCAAUCGUGAUCAGAAACGGCUACGACGAAGCUUCUAAAUGCAUCAAGCCAACCGAAACCUUCACAGGCCACGUCUACCUCGAUCCCAUCCAUUUCGACGCCAAUACAUCGAUUGCAAAUGUUACGUUCACGCCUUGUGCUCGCACACACUGGCACACUCACGAGAAAGGCCAACUGAUCAGAGUCGUUGCGGGAAACGGUUGGGUUUGCGAUAAGGGCGGGGUUCCGCAGCGUUUAAGAACUGGUGAUGUUGUCUGGGCUCAGGCGGGAACAACCCAUUGGCAUGGUGCGGAUGAUAACAGUAUCAUGACACACUUCGUCGUUGGACUAGGCAGUGUUGAUUGGCACGACGCUGUCACUGAAGAAGAGUAUGCACAGAAGAGAUAG